AUGCCCAUUGUCGAGAGUGUGUUUGUCCCCAGCCGGAGCCGGGCAGAGGGGCUGGGGGCUCAGCCCCCGCCCCCACCCCCCGGGCUGCGGAUGCCCCGGUGUGUUGAAAUCAUGUGUCAGAUUAAAAUAAAAUCUCGAAGGGGUGGAGGGAAACGCAAAGGCAAAAGCAAAAAGUGGAAGGAAAUCUUGAAAUUCCCUCACAUUAGCCAAUGUGAAGAUCUCCGAAGAACAAUAGAGAGAGAUUACUGCAGCAUAUGCGAAAAGCAGCCGAUCGGAAGGCUUCUCUUUCGGCAGUUCUGUGAAACUCGACCCGAGCUCGAGUGCUGCAUUAGGUUCCUUGACUCGGUGGCAGAAUAUGAAAUUGCUCCAGAUGAAAAGCUGGGAGAGAAAGGAAAGGAAAUCAUGAUGAAAUACCUCACCCCAGAGUCUCCAGCCUGCGUUCCUGAAGUCAGUCGAGAUCUUAUCCAACAGACAGAGGAGAAACUCGAAAACAGCCCCUGCAAAGAGCUAUUCUCUCACUGCACAAAAUCUGUCCUUGACCACCUCAGUGGGGAACCAUUCCAAGAAUACCUAAACAGCAUGUACUUCGACAGGUUUCUCCAGUGGAAGUGGCUGGAAAGGCAACCAGUAACGAAAAACACGUUUCGGCAGUACAGGGUACUCGGGAAAGGCGGCUUUGGGGAGGUCUGCGCUUGCCAAGUCCGAGCGACAGGGAAGAUGUACGCCUGCAAGAGAUUAGAGAAGAAGAGAAUAAAAAAGCGGAAAGGCGAAUCCAUGGCACUAAACGAAAAGCAGAUUUUAGAGAAAGUCAAUAGUCAGUUUGUAGUCAAUUUAGCCUAUGCCUAUGAAACAAAGGAUGCACUGUGUUUAGUUCUGACCAUAAUGAAUGGAGGUGACCUGAAGUUUCAUAUCUACAACAUGGGAAACCCGGGCUUUGAAGAGGAAAGAGCUUUGUUUUAUGCAGCAGAGAUUCUUUGUGGCUUAGAAGACCUACACAGAGAAAAUACUGUGUACAGAGAUUUGAAGCCAGAAAAUAUCCUGCUAGAUGAUUAUGGCCAUAUUAGAAUAUCUGAUUUGGGUCUAGCUGUUAAAAUCCCUGAGGGUGAAUCAAUCCGUGGAAGAGUAGGAACAGUAGGGUAUAUGGCUCCAGAAGUGUUGAACAACCAGAGAUACACACUCAGCCCUGACUACUGGGGGCUAGGCUGUCUCAUUUAUGAAAUGAUUGCUGGGCAAUCACCAUUUCGUGGAAGGAAAGAGAAGGUGAAGAGGGAAGAAGUGGACAGAAGAGUGCUGGAGACAGAAGAGGUGUACUCCCAUAAGUUUUCUGAGGAGGCCAAGUCCAUCUGUAAAAUGCUCCUCACCAAAGAUGUGAAGCAGCGGCUGGGAUGUCAAGGGGAAGGUGCAACAGAAGUGAAGAGGCACCCCUUUUUCAAGAGCAUGAAUUUUAAGCGGUUAGAAGCAUGAAUGCUGGAUCCCCCCUUUGUCCCUGAUCCCAGAGCAGUGUACUGCAAGGACGUGUUAGACAUCGAGCAAUUCUCCACAGUGAAAGGAGUUAACCUGGACCAAACAGACGAUGAUUUCUAUUCCAAGUUUUCCACAGGAUCAGUGUCUAUUCCAUGGCAAAAUGAGAUGAUAGAAACAGAGUGUUUCAAAGAACUGAAUGUAUUUGGACCAAAUGGUACUAUUUCACCAGACCUAAACAAAAGCUACCCCCCAGAGCCACCCAAGAAAGGAUUGCUACAGAGAAUAUUUAAACGACAGCAUCAGAACAAUUCAAAAAGUUCUCCAAAUUCAAAGGCCAGUUUAAAUCACCACAUAAAUUCAAAUCACGUAAGUUCAAACUCCACUGGAAGCAGCUAGUUCCAGCUCAGUUUUACGAAACAACAUGUUGCAUCCUUCCACUAUAAUCUACGGAGCUUCUAUGGAUGAGAGAGCCUCCACCAUUGAGUGAAAAAAAAAAAAAAAAAAAAAGGAUCUCUGAAAAAUGGAGAUUUUCUAUCCAUUCCUUCCAGUGGAGCCUCACAUUUUAAGAAGAAAUUUCCACUCAGGUCUGUUUUUGGAGGUGGCACUCAAGACUGUGUGAAUCAAACUUGUCUAUUUAGAACAUUGCAAUAGAAAUUCAAUGAACAUGACUACUUGCACGUAUUUAAAUAGCAUCAUACUAGAACUGAAUUUUGUCUUUAUUAUUUUUAAAGAAAAGUUUUGUAAAUUUCUCUAUUGUCUCAGUUUACAUUUUGUACAUUUGUAUUUAAAUGAAAGUCAGACUUUGGAGGUGUAUAUUUUCCAAGCAGCAGCUGUAAAGCCAUGUGUUUUAAGACAUUUUUUUAAAAGAAAAAAAAAUGUGACUCAAGACUUCCAGAGCCUCAAACGAGA